CUUACAGGAGUGGAACCGGUUAUAAAAACUCUUAGUGAAAAUUAGAAAUUGAUCAGCAAAUGUUCCAUUGAUUGUUACUCUAGUCUAGUGCACAACUUACUAACAUACUUGUUUCACAAGAAAAAUGCGUAUAAGAAGCUAGUGGUCAAAAAUAUAUAUUUUUCCUUUUUAUAAAUAUAUUAUCAUCAUGAUAUGCAAAAAGGAAAUAUCACUCGGAACAUAGAUUUUCCUAUUUAAUUUGUUUUCGGUCGUUACAGAUGUUACCUUUUUUUUGUAUUAGCUCUUUACUUUCCAUAAUUAGGCUCGAAGGUGAAUAAUUGAGACCUUAUAAAUAAACCUCUAACCCUCUCAUUGCUUCUCACAAAUCACUCGUUCAUAGUUGCAGAAAAUUACAACAACAUAUCGAAGAUUUUAUCUUUCUUUAUCAUCACAUCUCUCUUCAAGAUAUGUCGAUUGUGUUAAGACACCGGUUCCUUGUCAUAGACCUUUUUGUCGUUCCGUUUCACACAAGACAUGGAAUCGCUUUUCACUACAUCGCUCGUAACUCUGCUUUACAUAUUCAUCAAAAGGUUCCAAUCGCCGCUUUGAAACGCUCACCAAAAGCUCCUCUUAAACCUUCAAAACACUUGCAAACUAAACCGGAUCCGGUUCAAGCUCUGAGCACGAUCGACACUGUGCUGCCGCUGAAUCAAGAACAAGAACUGCUUGAUGGUUCGAUCACAGUGGGUGCUGCUGCUCCAUCGCAAACUAAACCUGAUGAGAAGCCGUUUAAAGCUCAGAGCACGAUCAAGGCUGUGCGGUCGCAGAAACCAGUGAAAGAACGGUUUGCUAGUUCGGUCACAACGUGUGCUGCUCCAUCGCCUAGACACGUGCCGGUUCCAAUGUUCUGUCUUAGAGAGAAGAUUAAUUAAAGGAGUUCAAGCUGUUUAUAUUUGUUAUCUUUGUUACAGUGGAAAAUCUUUCUUUUACAUUAGUGAAGUCAUGAGUACUCUCAGUAGCUACUACUAUAAAUGCAAAUUCUAAAAGAUCCACAAAUCAUAAACAGUAUUUUUUUUCUUUAUCAACUCUUUGUAUUGUUUUUUAUUUACGUCAGUGGUUACAAUAUGAGUUCAUGCAAACGUUCUACAUAUAAACUAAAUUACUGAAUUAUCAGUUUGUCAUCGUCUCUUCUCUCCUCUUUUGGGGAUAAUAUUGGAAGUCUUUUGAAAAAAAGGUAUUGGUAAUUAACUAAUUUUGGUUAUUUAUAAUACUUUCUGAGUAUAAAAUUGAUUUACUUCUUUAAAAGUAAUUGAUUGAAUUCUUAUUUAUCAUAUAUAAAGAAUCUGUACAUUAUAUCCAGUCGAGAUAUAUACAACACAUAAUUAAUUCAAUACUACUAUCUUACAAGAAUCUCUCAACACGAUUAUUUUAUGAGAAAUUAUUUGAAAUACCACAAAUUAGAUACUAUUUUAAAAAUAUUUUAAUAAAAAAUACUAUAAUAUUUGGGUUCAUGGCUUAAUGAUUACUUUUUAAGGUUUAGUAUUAAUGGUACUUCUCUCUGGAAUGGAAAAAAAUCUAAUUGUUUUUAUUUAUGGUGUAAUUGGAUUACAAUAUUUUGGAAUGGAAUGAUGUAGAAUGGUGGAUUCCAUUGAUUCCAAAUUUUUUUUUACCAUUUGAUAUAAAUGGAAUGGAAUGGUCAUUCCACCAAUUCUAAAAAUAUUUUGAUAAAAUACAAAAAAAAGUAUUCCAUGACAAAAUUGUUCAUGAAUGAAUGGAAUGUAUUUCAUUCUACUUUUUUGUUGUAUGCCAUUCCUAUCUUUCCAUAUAUUUUAGUUCCAUUAAUUUCAAAUCAAUUUAUCAGUUACCGCCUUAGUUGCCUUUUCAAAUAAACUACUAAGUUAAGUUAAUUACAUUUUCUUUCAUUCACUGCAUUUUUUGCAUCAUUUUAUAAUAGAUUAAGAAACAUUUUAAAUACACAAAAAGUAAACCUAUCGAUUUAACGGUUGACUUUUCAUGUAUUUGAAAAGAUUUGGUAACAAAAAUUAAAGAUUAAAGAAGACAAUUUUAUGUUACAAAAAAAAAAGUAGACAAUUUUAAAAAGUUGGAUAUUAAAAUAGCUUAAAUGAAUGUUGAAUAUUAUUAUUAUUUUUUUGUAAGUUAAGGGUUUUUUGGCCGUUUUCUCAUAUUUAAAUCUGUAAUCAUAUUAAAAUAACUCACUGAUGAUCACAAUUUUC